CAUACAAAUCUAUGGUAACAUUGAGUGGCAAGCUUUUCAGUGGCAGCAGUAAUUGGAGCAAACGUUGCUCUCUCUCGGCUUUCGACCGAGGCCUAAACGCCCUUUUGGUCUUCCUUAAAGCCCGUUUGUCCUGCCGGGAAGCUAGAGGGGAAGAGUUUUCCUCGGACGGACGGACAGAGGCCCCGUCUCUAGCCGUCACCCGAGCGCUGGGAGAGGCCCCGUCCCACCCCCAGCCAAUGAUUCGGCUCGGGGUGCGGGGGGAUCAGCUCGCCCUUGAGUCUAAGAGGGAUGGGCCUGUGCCAUUGGGCAGCAACACAAACUGGAGGAGAAAGACGCCCGCGAGCAGCCCGGCAGAGAAAACAAGCUCGGGUCAUUGUGGUGUCCCACCAAGGCUAAGCUUUGCUGAACUGCAAGAUGAGUUUAAGGUCAAGGAAAUCUUUCCAGUUGGGACCUCAGUGAAGUACAGCUGCCGCUCAGGAUACCAAAGAGUCCCUGGACAGUCUUCCACUCUUACUUGUGUAAAUGAAUCUGUGUGGUCAGAACCCAAAGUGUUUUGUCAAGGGAAAUCAUGUGGACAUCCAGGAGACCUAGCUAAUGGCAAGGUUCAUAUCAAAGAUCUCGUAUUUGGUUCGAACAUUACAUUUUCUUGUGACGAAGGGUUCAGAUUAGUUGGACAUAAUACUAGUCUGUGUGUGAUCCAUGAAACAAGGGUCGCAUGGAAUCAUGAUAUUCCAUUUUGUGAAGAAAUUCCAUGUCAUCCACCUCCAGACAUCAAGAAUGGGGAGCAUUCUGGUGACCCCAAUACUCACUACACCUAUGGCUCAACAGUAACUUAUAUCUGUAAUACUGUACCAAGAGGCACAGACCCUUUCUCACUUAUUGGAGAGGCAUCUAUUCAUUGUACAUCUGACGAAGACCAAAAUGGGAUUUGGAGUGGAGAGCCCCCUCAGUGUAAAGUGGUCCAGUGCAAGAAUGCAGAAGUUGAAAAUGGGAGAAAACUAAGUGGAUUUGGUCCUUCCUAUUCAUAUCAAGACGCCAUUACAUUUGGAUGCGAGGCUGGCUACUUCAUGGUUGGCAGUCAUGUGAUUAUAUGCCAAGCCAACAAUUUAUGGUCUCCUCCAAUACCAACUUGUGAAAAAAUACCUCAAAGUGUCUGUGGCGCUCCACCGUUCCCAAAUGGAAAAAUGCUUCCAUCAAAACCUCAAUAUGUCACUGGAGAUGGUAUUACCUUGACCUGCGAGGCGAAUUAUGUCUUGCCCGAUGGUGCAAAAUCUAUGACUAGUCACUGCAAAGGAAACAAUGUGUGGGAUCCUUCUGUACAAACUUGUCAACUACCUCGAAGUGUCUGUGGUGCUCCAUGGUUCCCAAAUGGAAAAAUGCUUCCAUCAAAACCUCAGUAUGUCACUGGAGAUGGUAUUACCUUGACCUGUGAGGUGAAUUAUGUCUUGCCCAAUGAUGCAAAAUCUAUGACUAGUCACUGCAAAAGAAACAAUAUGUGGGAUCCUCCUGUACAAAUUUGUCAACGUGUUUGUCCAGACCUGGUCAUCUCUCAUGGAAGAGUAAAGUCUGGAGGAAAACCUCAUUAUGUUGUUGGAGAUCAUGUUACAAUUGAAUGUUAUGCAGCCUACACAAUGCCUGGUGAACCUAAGAUUCAUUGCACUGAUAAAUUUAAAUGGGAGCCUGUAAUUCCAGAAUGUAGACUACGUGUGUACAUCAUAAUUAUUAUUUGUGUAAUUGUAAUCGCUGCAGGGAUGCUGACAGUAACUUUGGUCUAUAAGAAAUUUUUUUCACAGAAAGGGAAACAUGUCUCCACUUCACCUACUGCUGAAUACACCUCAUGUAAAACUUGAUUGAUUGGAGGGGAAGGAGAAGUGGUGAAAAGUCUUUCACAGAUGGAAAAAGGACUGCAUUUGCACUAUAUUUCUGUAGUGGAAUAUUUAGCACCUACUUUCACCAGAAUUGAAGAUGCUUUCAUCUUACAUUUUUCUUCUCCUUUUGUGAUUAACUGCUGUAGGCAUCUACUGCGUGUUUUGGCUUUGUGCCUUAGUAGACUAGUGCCAUCCCUUUUAGCUCACUUGUCUGUGUGAAAUUAACUUAUACAAAGCUUUGUGCCCAUAGCCUUUCCACAGCAGCCUGGAAUAUUAAAACUCUCUAUUCAGGGCAUUAUACCAGCUGCCUUCUUUCUCUGCCUUGCAGUAUCCUCCUGCUUCCAGAAAAGACUAGGCAGCGAGAGAGUGCAUGGUAGGUUCUUGAUACGACUUAUGUUGCGUUAGUGGCCAUAUUGUUUAAAUUUAAGUACCUCUAUUUUAGGAAGGUGACUACCUACUGAAAGAUAUAUGGUGCCUAGUUUAAUUUUCAUAAGUUUUGCACACCAUUCCCUUUAUAUUUGCAAGUACUAAAUAUGAAAACUAAACUACUUCUCUUGGCGUCCACUGCUUUUGGAUAUACCGUGCAUCUAAACCAGGUUUUUGUAACCUUCCUGUUAAGGCAAUUAAUUGGUCUUGGUGUGCAACAUGGGGAGUAAUUCUGUCCCAGUUAAGAUUGCAAAGGACCACCUUGAAUGGGGAAUCAAGAGAAUGACCACAUCAAACACUUGUUGUGCCUCAGACUUGCUAGAUAAUGAGGGUUUCCCAGGGGAAGUGAUGGAAGAUGUACUUAACUGGACAAAAGUGCUAGCAAAUACAUCAAGAUUGUAUUUAUAUUGCAAUAUAAAUACAAUCUUGAUGUAUUUUUUUUUUCUUGCUGAAAGACCAGCAAACACUUUUCAGCUGAAACAGCUCAAAAAUUAUUACAUGAGGGAUCUUGGUUAGGGGAUUUCCUACUGGAGGCACAGAUCUUGGUGCAUAUCUGAAAUCAGUACUUUCCCAGAUGAUAAUGGGCUCUGAAUUAAAGCUUGGAUUGAACUCAGCCACUAUGACUUAAUGAUAUUAUACAUUUCAUGAUCUGUUUAUGAAAAUUGUCAUCUCAUAGCAAUGGGUGGCUAAGCAAAUAAACCAACUUUUUUUACCACAGACUGUGGAGGCAGUUCUGUUACAGGUUCACUUUCCCACAGAAGGAAGUAGAUGCAAUUUAAGCUGGUUUUUAUUUCAGAUAUAUACAUCCAUAUCACACAGAACAAUGCAUAUUUGUAUUAGUACUUUUAACAUUUCUGAUCAGAAACAUUUGUUUGAAUAAAUAUGACCCCCAGCACACUAUGAAACAGUAAUAUUCUGUGGGGCAUGCUUAACAAGGAAGGGCUGAAUUCCAGUGAUUUUUCUAGGCACUAAAGUUUUGUGAAUGUAAAGUCUAGGCUGGCUGUGCAAUGAAUGGGAGGAGUCAGAAGCCAGAGCCUGGGAUUCACAAAAACCAGCAUGUUUAAGUUGCUCCUUGCAUAAGGUAGCCAAGAGGUGAUACAAAGUCAAGGCAUAUGGGCUAAGCUCUACCCCUCUCCGAGACUGGUACCUCCCUGCUGUGAAUCCUGGGGUGAAGUACCUACACUGUUUAUGCAAGAAGCUUGGGGUGUUGCUCAAUCUUGCAUCCACUCACUCAGCAUUUAUCCAUCAUACAACAGCUUCUACACUGAGGGAGCAAGCAAAUAUGAGCGACUCUCUGACUCUCAGGUACAUGCUUUAAUCACCAGGUUAGUCAUCUGUUCCAGUGACUUUUUUUAAAAUUAUUCACAGUGGAACAGUUUCAACAAGAGAUACUGAAAGAAUCCUACUACAUGGCUAGGGCACUUACUGAGCAGUGACAGAUCCCUGUUCAGGUGGAGGGGGGACUUGAACCAUGGGUCUCUCAAGUGAGUACCCUAUUCACUGGGCUAUAAGUUAGAAGGAAAACCUGUCCUCUAGUCAUUUUGUGCAAGCUCAUCUAUAUAGGGCCUUGAUCCAGCAGGCAAGGUUUGAGCAUGCUUACCUGAUAGAUGGUUCUCCAACUCAUCUAUGGGGCUCCUACCUUUUCCUGGUUGAGGCACCAUUGUGGGGCUUAGGCUUUAGUUGCCUAAAGUGGCAGUUAAAUGCAUACAUCCUUUUGGGAAUGUAGCCCAAAAUGUUUACUAAUCAUUUUGCUUAUCAAAAUAGCUUUACAGCGAGGACUUGCAUUGUGGGACUAUUCAAAAUGUGUACAAGAAAACACGGUUAGACUGGGGGUAAAAUGGUUAAUUCCAGGAAUUGCUUUUUAAGUACAGGGUAUAUUAGAAAUGCCUAUUAUAUCAAUCAUAGGGUUGCUGUAUAGUGCCUUUCAGUGUGAAGGGGGCAGGGGAGAGCUAUUUAAAAUGCAAGGCAAUUGUAACCAUAUCCCUUAUUUAGUAGCAUUAAUGUUCAGUUUAUGAACACAAGGAGGAUGUCUUGUCGUCUUAAUAAAGUGAUUUUUUAAGUGAA